AUGGGCAAGAUCAUCGUCGUCCGCUACGAUCCUCGCCGUGGCUGCAUCGAAGGCUACCAACUGCUCGCCGUCAGUCGUCGCCAUGCGUCGUUUCAGCCUUGGCCAGCCAACAGCGACGUUGUCAUUCAUGACUUUCGGCCGCAGGUCAAGCUACACCUUGACAAACCAAUCCUUCAGUUCCAUGUCGGCGACGACCCCGGCAUCCCCGCUGCGUUAACACCCCGCGUCACGUCCAAGUUCCAGGCCGAGACGCCCAUGAUGCUGGACAACCGUCCAGGUUACGUCUUCAGCAACCUCUCCCUCGCACGUCCCGUCAAUGACGACGUGGCGACCGAAGCUCUUGCCAAAGCCUUUCCGUACGAUUGCAUCUGGCCCCCAAAGCCCAUACCUGCAGAACACCGGGUUGCAGGCUUUGCCGCGGUGCCGACGGCUGUGGAGGCGCUCAAUGAGAGGCCGCAGUCUCGAGCCGAGGCCUCGGAUCGCGCCUUCCGCAUACGGCAGUGGAUGGAUAUGGCCAACUAUGUCGGCUCCGACAGCCUACCGCCCAUAGCAGUCAUGCCGCCCCGUGGGCCGCCGCUCGGACCCCACAUUGGCGAGGAGAUCAAUACGUAUUCGACCCUGGACCCGGCCCUGUACACACCCACGGCACACAAGCCGUGGCGCGGCAUCUGGGUCGGCGACUACAGCGGGCACGGGUGUGAGUUUCUUUUGAUCAACCAACCCGACGACAAGGACGCGACCGACGAAGAGCUCGGGCUUGCGAGGAACGCCUUGGAGAGUGAUGAGGAUUGGGCGAAGCGGCAGCUCGAGGCCAGGGUGUACCGCGGCAGGCUUGAAGCCAUCAAACUGACGGGAGACGCUAAUGUGCCCCGCGGCGAGUACACCUUUAUCGCUGAAGACCUGGGUCCCGAGGGGUCCGCCGGUGUCGCGACGGAGGAACCCUUUGCCGGAGCGCGCAUCGUCAAGAGCAGGGGGCACGUGGCGAAUACAGGAUACUUUAGCGACAAGUACAUCCCUUCACAGCUGUUUUUGAUAUCGCCGAAUAAGCUGGCGCAAUUCUGGGUGGACUUUGGGCAUAUAAGCUAUUUCGAGCGCGUCGACAUUGACAGUCUGUUGACUGUAUCAUGA